GCCUGGCUGGCUGAGUGAUUCGCGCGCCCUUCCCUGACCCUCCCUCCUUCCCGCCCUCUUAGCUACCCCGCCGGCCAAGGGAGCCUGGCAGAGCGAGCGGCGCCGGCGUCAUGUGACAGCGCUGCCUAGUGCCAAGAGCCCGCCUUGGAGGUUGUUGGGGGGAGGAGGAAGAAGAAGAGAGAGAGAGAGAGAGAGAGCAGCAGGCGAGGGCAGAGGCGCGACGGGCUAACAGACGGACGCGCCGCCGACGAACUAAACGCCACUCGCGACGAGGCACCCAGCGGCUAAGCGGGAGAGAAAGAAACCCCCGGGUUUCCCCCGCGAGGGCGGAAAAAAAGAGGGAAGGAGGGUUUUUCCCGCUACCAGGACCCAACGAGAAAGACAACAGCACCACCGACUUAAGCAGCAAACUUCUCGCAGUGGCGUCGUCGCCUCCUCGGUUCGCUUUCUUGGACAAGUUAAGAGGGGGGAGAAAAAGUCCUGCACAACAAUAUAAGUAAAGCUGACUAAGAAGAUGCUCAUGUUUGACCCUGUCCCCAUCAAACAAGAAGCAAUGGAACCAGUUCCAGUGUCGUUCAGCUCCAGUUACAUGGACCAAAUGAACCACAACAAAUACAGUGUCAUUUAUUCGACGCCAAACAUGGUGCCCAGUAAAAUCUACCAGAUUUCAGAAGGGUUUUGUAACGGAGUGCAAGUUGAGCCUGUCGACCUCACAGUGAAGCGGAGCUCGCCUCCUUCAUCAGGAAGUUCUCCUUCUCCUUCGCCCCUGAAAUUCCAGCCCAGGAGAGGCUCACCUGGAUUAAAUCUGCCCUCACCCAGCCCACCAAUGAAGAAGCUGCAGCCUUUCACGAUGCCAUUAACUAUUCCUCCGGUAAUGGCAGCUCUUUCUCGCCAUGGACUUCGAAGCCCUGGGAUGCUUCCAGUUAUACAGCCCGUCGUAGUUCAGCCUGUCCCUUUUAUGUAUGCGCCUCCCCUUCAGCAUCCUAUUAUGGUGUCCACGGUUCUUUCAGAAGAGUUGGAAAAUCCAAGUAGCAUGCCAGUGUCUGUUAUAGAAUCUUAUGAGAAGCAAGCACUAAGGAAAUCUAUUAAGGUGGAACCAGGCAUGGAAUCUCCUAGGAAUGACUACUAUCCUGAACAAAUGUCCCCUCCGCUGAUGACCUCAUUGUCGCCUCCUCAAGCAAUGCUUCAAGAGAAUCACCCUUCAGUUAUCGUUCAGCCUGGAAAGAGGCCUUUACCUGUGGAAUCUCCAGACACGCAAAGGAAGCGCAGAAUACACCGAUGUGACUACGAAGGCUGCAACAAGGUUUACACUAAAAGCUCCCACCUGAAAGCUCACAGAAGAACACAUACAGGUGAAAAGCCUUACAAAUGUACUUGGGAAGGUUGCACAUGGAAGUUUGCUCGAUCUGAUGAACUAACACGGCAUUUCCGCAAGCACACAGGAGUCAAACCCUUCCAGUGCCCAGACUGCGACCGUAGCUUUUCCCGCUCCGACCAUCUUGCCCUUCAUAGGAAACGCCACAUGCUAGUCUGAAUCACCCUUCCUUCGGCUCUCUUCAUAUCUCCUUUCUUUUUAUUUUUAACCUGUGCAUUUUAAGUUAGAUUCAGCGGGCCUGAAUCUCUGGAUUAAUAGCCUUGAAACCUUCCCUAUGGUCAGUAAGAGAUGUUUGCUUGACCCUUCUUUGCCCUUGCCACGGGUCAGACCUACAGAAUGUGAACAGCAAGCAGAUUAAAUUUCUGUGAGACUUAAAAGAGAUCUUGUAAUCGAGCUGGCUAGUUUUGCCAUUUAAUUAACCAGCAUAUGUUGAUCAUAGUCACUGUUGUUGGGAAUCCAGCCUGCUAGUCCUUGCCAGAGACUCUGUACCCUGUAAUGGAUGCGUGUCUCCUUUUUAUGCUCAGCAAUGCAACGAAUGGAUCCUUUCCAGUGUGGUUGGUUGUAGAAGCAUGUUCCACAAGACACUUUUUGGAUGUGUUCUAAAAAAAGAGAGAGAAUCCUCAAACUGGGAGUGAAUGGAACAAUAUUUGACUGAUGAGUGGCUGUUUAUCAGCAGAAAUGUUGUCAAUGCAUCGUGUUGUACAACCUGACCGACAUUGCCUCUCUUUUGUCUGUUGUGUAGAAUGCUAGCUUGUGUUUGCCUGGAUAUAGUGCCUCAGUAGAUUCAUUAAGCAAAGACCUUCUUGUGAUGUAGUUAUCUGUGUUUUUUGUGUUCAGCUGUAUGAAUGGAACACACAUGGUACUCCUAUGAUGUGGCAUUCAAUGAUACAUGCAAUAAUCUACCUCACUGAGGAGGUGUGGUAGGUAUAUUCUUUUCUCAUCACUCCUCUGCAUUUCCUGUUGUCUACACAAGGUCUCCUUGGCACAGUUUAGAAGCAGCAACCUUUUCAGCAAAGUGAAGCUGAACUGCUCGGUGUUGGAAAUGAUUUUCACCCAAGGCACCACCAUAUUCAUAAUAUAAGUGAGGAAGACAACCUCUGAAUUUAAGCACUUCUGUAGAUCUCAAAAUUUGAGUAUCGCAAAUGGAAAAGGUACACUUUGAUCUCUCGUUGCCAUGUUCCACAGAAGAGUUUCAUGAAGUCUCUCAAGUGAUUUGUAAUGCAAUCAUGUUAAGGAAUGGUAAAAUACACAACCAAAAAAUAUUUCUUUAAAAAUCCAGCAUGGUUGAUACUAUUCCGUAUCCUCUAGAGAUUUCAUGGAAAGAUUAGAAGGAAAGAAAAAUUACUCUCUUCACCAGUGUGGCUACGAGCUCUUGUUAGAAUUAUGGGUCAUUUGGCUUCCAUAUUUUUUAAAAUGGAGAGAAAUAUAUAUUGAGGCCAGCAGCAAUAAGGGGAAUGAACAACAGAGGAAAGGAACUCGUAAUGUGCUAGGAAACACUUUAUCGAAAUCAACUGUUGUAAUCAAAUGCGUUUUGAGUUAACCACCCCUUCAGGGGCAACCUGUUUCAUUCAACACUGUCAAAGUAGUAGUGUGCUUCUACUGUUUCAUAUACUGUGUUGGGCUUCCAUAGUUCAUUUCUAUAAACUAUUUUCUAGCACUUUUUGUAGUCCUGUCUCCUCUUUUCUUCCACAGAAAAAUAAUCUACAGCUGGGUGCUUACUUAGCUUGGUGACUCUCUCCCAUUGAAAUCAGAUGUAACAAAGUAACUGUGGGUGGAUCAUGGCCAUCAUUUUUUUGUGUCAUGCACUCUGUAUGUGCACACCUGUUCUAGAUAGGCCUUGUACAUUUUUUUCUCAGAUUCCAUUUGCUUUGUAAAUCCCAGGAAACUUCAAAUUGCUUAAGGCUGCAAUCUUUUACACACUCACAGCAGAAAGCAACAUUGACAAGCAAUGGGACUUAAUUUUCUUGUUUAAAUUAAAAGUAAAUGUUAUAUCAAAAAGUAUAAAUUCAUAGCAAUAAAGGUUCGAACACUGAAAAAGAGCAAUAACAGUCUCCCCUACCCUGCCCCCUUCUACCCAUCAUGGUUCCUUCCAUCUAAAUUUCGUGCAGGAUUGAAUAAUGGCAAGAAAUUCAUCUCUUCUGUUUUCCAUAACUAAUAGACAAAAAAUCAUGUCUAGAUCGUCAAUUCAGUAACUUCAUUAACUAAGGAUCUUAAUAUAUUUUGAGAUACAUUUUUAAUUUAUUCUUGGCAAGAUGGCGACGGCAGAGGAUGCAUUGAUUUAAACUCUACGAUAGCCAUGUGGUUUCAACGGUCUUAUUAGCUUUAUCAGCUUUCUAAUAGUUUUAGACCUUAGUUUUAGCUUUUAUCAGCUACCUGUCCCAGUACUUUACCAGCUCCGGCAUUUUACUUUUUGGCAUCCUCUACAAAUUUUACUUUUUGCAUCCUCUUCAAAGCCACUGGAGAAAACCCAGAGACCAUCUGCCUAUCUGAGUGAUAAGUGGAGACUCCCUGAGACCAGCCUGACAUGAUAUAGAACUGCUGUCUUCCUUCAAACUGAUUUAUUCAUUUAUAUAAGUUUAAAAAGAGGUACAAAUAGGGACUUAAAUUUCUGAGUAGACAUGUAUAGGAUUGUGCUGUGACAUUUUCUUCCCUUCAAGAAACCAUGCACUUUCCCACUCCUGAAAGGAAAACGUUCACAGAAUAUGUCAGAAGGCUGAUAUGGAAGAGUUGCCACUUAAUUAAUUGCAAGGAAGUUGAGACAGGUUGUUGAGAACAGUAUCUUUGUUGAAUGCAAUAAUAAAACAUUCCGCAGAGUGACAGAUGCAGAAUUCAGCUUGUGAGCUGCUAUUGUGAAAUCAGAAGAAUAAAGGUAAAUUUGGGAAGGAAGAGAUAAAGUAAUUGCUUCCUACAGUUUUUUAAACUUUAAAGCCAAACCCAGAAGUAUUUGAAACUUCACCUAGUUGGAUGGUAUAGGUGCUUCAUAUAAUCUCUUUCUCAAGAAAUUAAACUGACAGAGCAAGGGAACUGUUGGCUUGUUCAGUGUAAUCAGUAACGUGUGUAUUGUGGCUGUUUCACAAUCAAACCUUGCAAGAAUUAGGAAUGUUCAAGACCAGCCUGGAAAUCCAAAGAACAAUCCAGUUAAAAGUGUGGCAAAAAAAUUUUGCUUUGCUAAUAGCUAGUUUAAACCAGGAAUAAUUGUACUGAAGCAUCUGCAACCCAUUCCAUCAAAAUAUAAAUGGAGCAAGAAAAACCUCUCUAGUGUUGUCAAGCAAAUCUGGAAAACACAUUAUUUUCUGUUGUGUUGACACAACUUAAAACUACUCUGUUGCUAACAUGGAAAAACACUGAACGUGGAAACUUGGUGAGAUUUCUAAGUGUCGGCAACACAGGAGUGGGAACUGUGGAGCACAGAGUGCCAUACUAGGAUUCGAAAUUUAAUUCCUUUGGAUCCCUCCAAAAAUAAGAUUCCCCCCCCCUUUCCUACAUUAAAACGUAACAGAUACUAUGCCUAAGCAUGGCUGAAAUUGCUUUUUUUCCAUUUAGGAUGUUUAGCGGUGCUUGGCUUAAAGUGCCUUUGAUUACAAUUCCACACUUGGAGAGCUACCACUCAUCAGAUUUUUCGUUCAGAUAUGUCUUCAAAGACUCAUUCAUUUGUGGUGCUGCUACAUGUUACCUUUCAUUUUUUUUAAAAAAACUUUCUGCUAUAUUAAUUAUUCUCACAAUCCAUCUGAAGUUAAGUAGUUUCAAGUAGUUUCAAGUAUGUAGCAACAUUUGAGUUUAUACCAUAAAACGCCAGGAGGAAACCUGCCCUGACCCACCUUUUUUAAAAGAAAGAAAGAAAGAAAGAAAGAAAGAAAGAAAGAAAGAAAGAAAGAAAGAAAGAAAGAAAGAAAGAAAGUAAGUUUCUGGAAUGCUCUACUGUGUAUCAAAUAUAUGGGCUUAAAAAAAAAUCGCAGCAGGGUGAGCAGAAAAUGACCUGCAAUACAAAAUAGAAAUGCCCCCUCUAAGAUGGUUUAUUAAUGUCAAAUAAAACAAAUUAUGUGGCUAGUUAAAUUCAGGCAAGCGCAGUUACAAGAUUCCACAUUUUAUCUGAAUGCUUCUGUAUAUAACUCUGGGAUUCAAAGAGCAAACUAUAUGGCCAAAGGCUUGUUUAGGUGUGAUGAGAUUUUUAUCUUUUCUGCGCCUUGGAUUAUUGCUAGUUGCAGUCUUAAUCGGGAAUGACUAUUCCAGCUCAAACACUUUUUGUUUAUAAGUCCCCUGCACUUCAAAAAUGUUUUUCUAUGUACCGGUAGUGGGAAAUUGGAAAACACUGAUGUUUAGCAAAUAGGAGUCAGAAAGCAAAUGGAACUGGUUGCAUAUUUUCAACCAGGGCUUCAGGCUCUGCGUUGGAUACAAAGGUUCUCUUCUGAUGGAGUCUUCUUCCAGCAGAGGAAGGGAACUUUGGAUCUAAUUCUAUAUUUGCAUAAUUUGCAUAUUACUAGGGAGAUAGAAAGCCUUUACUCUGGAGUAGAUCUGUUGAAAUCAGUAGAUAAGAAUCCAUGCUCUGAUACGACAGUCAAAGUCUAGUCUCCCACCAGCUUGAAAGUAGCUGCAUUGCCCACUUUAAUUCUGUGGUUCUUAUGGUGGGGAGCAGGCCUGUUUUCAGUAAGUGUAUUUUAGCCAUGCAAAUGUCCUCAUCUCUAAUCCAGAUUGUAACACGUGUCUUGAGUGUGCCAGGAAAAUACAGGCAACCACUGGCCAGAGAGUAAAUUCCAAUUCCACACACACCCUCCCCCAAAAUGCGGCUUUUGGGACACUGCAUUUGCCACAUAGAGCUUCCUGCUACUGCUUGUCCUCCACUAUUGCAAGUGGAGGUAGUCUUUUGCCUACUGGGGGUGGGAGACAUAUAAUUGCAAGAGAAGAGGCUCAAGCAAUUGUGAAAAGUGGGUGGUUAGCAAAUGAGGAAGAAUCACUUGUGUUUGGGGAAGCAGUACACAGUCCAAAUAAUUAAAAGUUACUUUUCUAAACAAACCAUGUGCACUAGUAGUAUUCCACUGUACAGAAUGCAAAUUUUAGGAUACUGUUGAUCAUGUUUUCAGUUAAAUAGCAUUAUGGGUUGUUCCAAGAGGGAUUGUUCAGAGUGAAGCUGAUAUUUCUAUAAAGUGGUUUUAAUUGCACACUGUAGUUCCAGUUUUAACACACAACACAAAACCUUUUAAUUGCAGGAUCUUCUUUGUGUUCUGUUCAAACUUAGCAAGGUGUAGAUGAAUGCAAAUCCUUUCCUUUUAAAGUAUUUUAUACAUAUUAUUUGAAAAGGGCUAUAAUAAUUCCCAUUACAUUUUACAAAUAUUAGCACUUUCUUGAUAUUUAUGUAUUUUAAAUGUUAUACGGUCAAAAUAAUCUUCCUGCUUAGCAUCUCUUAAACCUUUUCCUGCAAAUGUAGCAGGGCUAUUACAUUUACUUUAAAACUUGUAUAAAAAUAUGCAGAAUUUUUUUAAAAAUAAAAUGUAAUAUAUUUUAUAAGCUAAUAAUAAUCGGGUAAUUAAAGGUUUCUAGCAUGCAUUCCUAUCAUUUGCAGAUACUGAAGCAUUUUGGUAAUCUUUCUCACUAAAUAUGUGAAUGUUUUAAUGUAACUUCACUUUCUAUUUUUGGUAGUCCAAUGGGAAUUCAGUAAUGACAUUUUGUCAUGUCAAACUGUGAACAUAAUUUGUACUGUACAGUCCUCAUAUGUUAUAAAUAGUAUACUAUAUGUAUUAUACUUGUUAAUAAAACAAGACAAAUAUUAAAUGUCAAUAUGUAGUUAAAACUCUCCCUCAAAACUUGCACACUCCCCCUCCCCCCGAAUCUUGAUUUCGUCAAAUGGCAGUUGUCCUUAGAUACAGCCCUGUAUCCUUUAGGAGAGCUGGAAGUAGUAGCAUUUGAGAAGGAUCUUUGCUACUAAUUAAUUUGGCGACUCACCUAAGAAAGUUGGUUGACUGCAAAUAUCACAGCAGAUCGUCAUAUCAUAUUCAACACACCUGACACAUGCAGGCCGCCAUUGCACAUGCAUCACUAGCCAGAUCAGGAAUCGUGGCCCUGAAAUCAGAUGUGUAUAUUGCUUAUCUGUGCUGCAUUACUAUCAAUAAAAUACACAUUCGGCAUUGCA